AUGCGUACAGUCACUAGUGAGCUCGUGGUCUGCGGUAACAACCCAAGCAUCCCAGAAGUCAGCCGAGGCGCCUUGACAGAAAGCCGUUUGGACCAUGUAUUCGACUCCGGAGACACCAUUCCAACGGGUACCUUCACGUUGGGUUUACUGGCAGAUGCAUCGAUCGCACUUCGAAGAGAAGGCAGUGCACUAGAGAUAGUGGACGAAGAUGAGUGCUCAGACUUCAUGGAUCCCACCCCCCGAGCACGACGCCACGCCCUAGACCCCAGUACCUCAUCGUCCGUCAAAGCUCUUCUCGUGCCCCAGACAGAAUCUCGCAUCCCCCACGGCCCGGCCAACCAACCCCCAACCGACAAACUCCUCAAAACAGUACCCACAUCCCUCCGCAACCGCGCCAAAUCGCUCCAUGAACCUCAACCCCUUCCCUUCCGCUGGACCCUGCCACCCAACGCGCGUUUCCGCAUUGGCGACCCGGAAGCCUUCGCUGCUCUGCAGGUCAAGAAUAUAGAAUGGUAUGUAACCACCGGUCUCCUCGUCGAAGACUUCACAGGUCUACGCUGGAACGCAGGAAGCUACACGUAUCUUCUGUACUGGCAUGUAGAAGGUAUGCCUACGCCCGACGGUGUUGCAGAUGCAGGACGGAAGUGGCUGAGUAUCAACCCAGGUUUCAUGCGCGAUUGGCAGAAGGAGAAGUGGGAGAGGGAGUUUGGAGAUGAGGUUCUAGUUGUGGAAGAUGAGCCUGCGACGCCGAUUGUUGAGCGAGAGGAUUCGUGUUUAAUCGAACAUCCCCUUCCUGUUGUUACAGUGGGUAGUCGGCCGCCUACGCCGAGUCGAGAGAGGUGUCUUCUUCCGGGAUCGAAAAGCGCGUUGAAGAGUAGCUGUCAGAGUAGGCCGGUGUCUCCCUCGCCGUCACUUGUAUCUGAUACUGGGUCUGAGUCGCCGAGGAGAGGGAAAAAGGUAAGAUUGCUGAAGGAGAAGCGGAAGAGGAUUGUGAUGUGGGAAGCUGAUGAUGACGACGAUGUGUCGGUAGCAGAGGAAGGUAAGUUUGUUGAGACGAUGGUGGAUGAGGUGGACACUCUGAGUGAUAAUGAGGGGAGGACGGCGAGGAAUUGGGGAUGA